AAUGUUCUUCUUCUGGAUUUUCAAUCCUUAUGAAAUUCUAAAUCUAAAUACACGUAAAGGGCAUUGUUUUCUGUUACAAGAUUCAUCUUAUUUUCAUCUGGAUUUUCUUAGUUUUCAACCCUAUAUAAGGACCCCACAGUCCUUAUGUAGAUGGGGGUUAAAUAUUUAGGAGUUGACAGCGAUUUGUACCAUACCAAGAAUAAAUUUAGGUACCUGUAAAAUAUGUCACCCAAUCCAAAAGCAAUGAAAAAACUUCUUCGAUCCCUUGAGGAUGACUAAGAUGUUGUUCAUCAAGAAAUAAACCUUUUCCAUUUAUGUAUUAGGCAUCUUCGGUUUGAAUACAAAAUACAGUUUUCUCAGACCCAUUAUGACGCAGAGUAUUGAUACUGGUAUCGCUUACAGUCGACGCUCGUUAGUUGAUUGCAGUAGUGUCUUCGUGUCUCCUCCGUCCUCGUUCAAUUAGUGAUUAAAAAUAAUAUUACGGCAAUUUGGCCGCGCAUGUGUGAGUUCGUCUCGAUGUGUUUUCCUGUGUUACUGGUAUGGUAAUUCGUCCGUCAACUCUGCCGUUAUGGCCGACCUGUUCGACGUCAUUCGCCCCAACUUUUGAAGCGAAAAUCGGAAUUUAAUAUUUUUAUACCGAUGCUCCUAAAGACAAGACGUUUGUUUACGCGUCCUCGAUCGUUCGAUGGAGAUGUGGAUCUUGUCUCCGCUAGAUCUGCUCCUCGAUUCAUGACCUGCGGGGGUCAAAGUUGACUUUUUAUGAGUGACGUCACAGUGUCAAUUAGGUAAUUUUUGUAUGAUUUGGACUCAAUUUGAAUGAAGUGCGGUUAGUGAUCUUUUGUUGACCUGUCAUGAAGUUCAUUUUGUCAAAAAUUGACGUAAACGAUUAGAGUGAGACAGAAACAUGAUUUACAAGUGUUUGUUUUGUGUUUUAUUGGCGUCAUUUGCUCCAGUAGAGUACGAGUCUUUCGUUUUUGCCGCAGGCUACGAUGACUAUGGAGAGUAUGAAGACAAUGAUGCCAUCAUAUUUCCAGUGUUGACGGGGAACAGCUGCUCGGGGGUAGAGAAUCUGGGCACAUGCAAGCCCCUGGCGAGAUGUCCGUACCUGCUGAGUGAGAUCAAGCGCGCCGGCACGCCCAUGCCGGCCUACCUGCGGCGGAAGCUGCAGCAGCUGGCCUGCGGAUACGAUUACGAUGAGCCGUUGAUAUGCUGUGAAUCGAUUUAUACAAACAUAGACCACACGUAUACGACGUUGGGCCAGAACCCACCCACGCAAGACUUCAGACCCACACACAACUGGCUGGGUUCCAACGAGGAGCAUGAGAUAAACUCCAGAUAUCCUCCCCAAGACAACUACAACACCAACCCUCAAGACAACUACAACACCAACAAGAACAAAAACCCGCCCAGCUACGGGGACGAUAUCAGUAACCACCGGAACUUCAACCUCCUGCCGAAAAACUGUGGGCCGAUAGAGGACGACAGAGUAUACGGCGGCGAAAGAACGAGUCUCUUCGAAAUGCCUUGGAUGGUUUUGCUCGCGUAUGAUUCAGCGCGCGGAACAAAACUGAGUUGCGGUGGGUCCCUGAUCACGGAGUGGUACGUGUUGACGGCAGCGCAUUGCGUCAGCUUCCUGGGCACCAAGCUACGGCUGCAAGAGGUCGUGAUCGGGGAGUACGACACCAGGAGCGACCCCGACUGCGAGAGGAACGAGGGAGAGCUGGUGUGCGCACCGAAUGUGCAGAACGUGGCAAUCGACAGAAUUAUCGCACACAGCGGCUACACUCCCCAGUCGUUAGUGGACGACAUAGCUCUCAUUAGACUCGCACGACCUGCUGACUUCUCUCUAGACAGUCUGAAGCCCAUUUGCCUGCCCGUGACCUCUGAGUUACGAAACGAGAGGCUGGAUGGGCAAAAAGGUGUAGUCGCCGGCUGGGGCGCCACAGAGGAUGGUCUGCAGUCUCCUGUGCUGCUGAGCGUCAACCUUCCUAUCACCACCAACUACGAGUGCAGCGUUAUAUACAACGGCUCAACGGAGAUCCACAGCACACAGUUGUGCGCCGGUGGCGUGGCCGGCAAGGACUCUUGUGGGGGCGACUCCGGUGGCCCCCUGCUGUACCCGGGGCUCGUACCGGGGCGCAGGGGGGGCUCAGGCACCAGCAGGUACGUGCAGCGAGGCAUCGUCUCCUACGGCUCCAAGCGCUGCGGCAUCGGCGGCUUCCCCGGCGUCUACACCCGCGUCGCCGACUACAUGGAAUGGAUAUUGGACAAUAUUAGCUGAUUUUGUGUCGUUGUUAUCAUUCUGAUUUGUCAAGGCGGCUAACUAGCUGUAGCUAUUGGCCUCCGACAAGAAUAAUAAGGACGCAAGUGUGUGAAAUCGCAGCAACAGUCAGUACUUAAAGCAGAGUUUCCCAAAUUGUUUCGUUGAUCACUUUCAAAAUUGGCAGAUCCGGUGGGCUACCUGCAGCCACCAUCACUUCCCUACCUCCCUACAAUAGCUGUAAUCUAUGAAAGUUGGUAUUAUUUUAAAUAGCAGAAUCACUGCUUGUGGACAAAUUACCUAGCUAUGCUUUCUGAUAAGAGAAAUCAAGGCAGCAUUUUUCGUCGAGUUUCGCGUGGUCGCCUGGGGGAUUACUUUGGGAAUUACUGACUUAGAGCAUCAGGCAACGCGCUCUACCGAUUUUGUUGUGACUACUAAUGUAGUACCUCGAUAUUUAGUGUAUUUAGAUACUUACGGUCUUACCACAAAAAACUAAACAUCUGUAAUGUUGAAUAGUUGUUUUGAGGCCAUUUUGUACUGAAAUUUUCUUUAAUCAACUGUUCAACAGGUGUUUAAAUCUUUUUUAGUAAGCCCGUUAAGGUCCACACUUAAAGUUUUGGAAUUGCUUCGUGGUUUUUUUGAAGUUUAAGACUUAGUUAUUUAAGAGUAGGUACUUCGUAUUCAUUAUAGGUAAUAUUAAUAUAUUUUUAAUGCGGUAUUAUAAACACAAUUAAGCAAUGUAUUACAUUUAAAUUUUAAUUUAUUACAAUAUUAUUACUUAGUUAUAAGAAUAGUUGUAGUAAUAAUUAUUCUUACUGUAAUAAUAACGUUACAUGCUUAUGAACUAUAGUUAUGUCACAAACUAAGUCAAGAGUUGCUUGCAUCUUGCUGCUUGUAUAUUUUUGAAUUCUAUAAUAGCAAAUUCUAUAAAAUGUCCUCAAACUAAAGAAUAUGAGAUUAUGAUAACCCCUUUCCAUUCAAAGUUCAAUGAUAACUUUACUAGUCUGUUAGAUGUGAUAAAAUAGGUACUUACUUACCGAUAAGGUAAUAAAAUUUUUAAAGGGUAAAAAUGUAUUUGAAAAACAUGUACCUACAUUAGAUCAAGAAAUAAACCAGUCAACAGCAAA